AUGGACCGGUUGGACCAAUCUGGCCUGUUGGUCCGAUGGACCGGUUGGACCCAACUGGCCUGUUGGUCCGAUGGACCGGUUGGACCAUCUGGCCUGUUGGUCCGAUGGACCGGUUGGACCAACUGGCCUGUGGUCCGAUGGACCGGUUGGACCAUCUGGCCUGUUGGUCCGAUGGACCGGUUGGACCAACUGCCUGUUGGUCCGAUGGACCGGUUGGACAUCUGGCCUGUUGGUCCCGAUGACCGGUUGGACCAACGGGCCUGUUGGUCCGAUGGACCGGUUGGACCAACUGGCCUGUUGGUCCGAGUGGACCGGUUGGACCAACUGGCCUGUUGGUCCGAUGGACCCGUUGGACCAACUGGCCUGUUGGUCCGAUGGACCGGUUGGACCAACUGGCCUGUUGGUCCGAUGGACCGGUUGACCAACUGGCCUGUUGGUCCGAUGGACCGGUUGGACCAUCUGGCCUGUUGGUCCGAUGGACCGGUUGGACCAUCUGGCCUGUUGGUCAUGGACCGGGUUGGACCAACUGGCCUGUUGGUCCGAAUGGACGGUUGGACCAACUGGCCUGUUGGUCCGAUGGACCGGUUGGACCAACUGGCCUGUUGGUCCGAUGGACCGGUUGGACCAACUGGCCUGUUGGUCCGAUGGACCGGUUGGACCAACUGGCCUGUUGGUCCGAUGGACCGGUUGGACCAACUGGCCUGUUGGUCCGAUGGACCGGUUGGACCAACUGGCCUGUUGGUCCGAUGGACCGGUUGGACCAACUGGCCUGUUGGUCCGAUGGACCGGUUGGACCAACUGGCCUGUUGGUCCGAUGGACCGGUUGGACCAACUGGCCUGUUGGUCCGAUGGACCGGUUGGACCAACUGGCCUGUUGGUCCGAUGGACCGGUUGGACCAACUGGCCUGUUGGUCCGAUGGACCGGUUGGACCAACUGGCCUGUUGGUCCGAUGGACCGGUUGGACCAACUGGCCUGUUGGUCCGAUGGACCGGUUGGACCAACUGGCCUGUUGGUCCGAUGGACCGGUUGGACCAACUGGCCUGUUGGUCCGAUGGACCGGUUGGACCAACUGGCCUGUUGGUCCGAUGGACCGGUUGGACCAACUGGCCUGUUGGUCCGAUGGACCGGUUGGACCAACUGGCCUGUUGGUCCGAUGGACCGGUUGGACCAACUGGCCUGUUGGUCCGAUGGACCGGUUGGACCAACUGGCCUGUUGGUCCGAUGGACCGGUUGGACCAACUGGCCUGUUGGUCCGAUGGACCGGUUGGACCAACUGGCCUGUUGGUCCGAUGGACCGGUUGGACCAACUGGCCUGUUGGUCCGAUGGACCGGUUGGACCAACUGGCCUGUUGGUCCGAUGGACCGGUUGGACCAACUGGCCUGUUGGUCCGAUGGACCGGUUGGACCAACUGGCCUGUUGGUCCGAUGGACCGGUUGGACCAACUGGCCUGUUGGUCCGAUGGACCGGUUGGACCAACUGGCCUGUUGGUCCGAUGGACCGGUUGGACCAACUGGCCUGUUGGUCCGAUGGACCGGUUGGACCAACUGGCCUGUUGGUCCGAUGGACGGUUGGACCAACUGGCCUGUUGGUCCGAUGGACCGGCUGGACCAACUGGCCUGUUGGUCCGAUGGACCGGUUGGACCAACUGGCCUGUUGGUCCGAUGGACGUCCGAUGGACCGGUUGGACCAACAGGCCUGUUGGUCCGAUGGACCGGUUGGACCAAUUGGUCUUUUGUCCGAUGGACCGGUUGGACCAACUGGCCUGUUGGUCCGCAUGGACCGGUUGACCAACUGGCCUGUUGGUCCGAUGGACCGGUUGGACCAACUGGCCUGUUGGUCCGAUGGAACCGUUGAGACCAUCUGGCCCUGUUGGUCCGAUGGACCGGUUGGACAACUGGCCUGUUGGUCCGAUGGACCGGUUGGUACCAACUGGCCUGUUGGUCCGAUGGACCGGUUGGACCAACUGGCCUGUUGGUCCGAUGGACCGGUUGGACCAACUGGCCUGUUGGUCCGAUGGACCGGUUGGACCAACUGGCCUGUUGGUCCGAUGGACCGGUUGGACCAACUGGCCUGUUGGUCCGAUGGACCGGUUGGACCAACUGGCCUGUUGGUCCGAUGGACCGGUUGGACCAACUGGCCUGUUGGUCCGAUGGACCGGUUGGACCAACUGGCCUGUUGGUCCGAUGGACCGGUUGGACCAACUGGCCUGUUGGUCCGAUGGACCGGUUGGACCAACUGGCCUGUUGGUCCGAUGGACCGGUUGGACCAACUGGCCUGUUGGUCCGAUGGACCGGUUGGACCAACUGGCCUGUUGGUCCGAUGGACCGGUUGGACCAACUGGCCUGUUGGUCCGAUGGACCGGUUGGACCAACUGGCCUGUUGGUCCGAUGGACCGGUUGGACCAACUGGCCUGUUGGUCCGAUGGACCGACCGUUGGACCAACUGGCCUGUUGGUCCGAUGGACCGGUUGGACCAACUGGCCUGUUGGUCCAAUGGACCGGUAUGGACCAACUGGCCUGUUGGUCCGAUGGACCGGUUGGACCAACUGGCCUGUUGGUCCGAUGGACCGGUUGGACCAACUGGCCUGUUGGUCAGAUGGACCGGUUGGACCAACUGGCCUGUUGGUCCGAUGGACCGGUUGGACCAACUGGCCUGUUGGUCCGAUGGACCGGUUGGACCAACUGCCUGUUGGUCCGAUGGACCGGUUGGACCAACUGGCCUGUUGGUCCGAUGGACCGGUUGGACCAACUGGCCUGUUGGUCCGAAUGGACCGGUUGGACCAACUGGCCUGUUGGUCCGAUGGACCGGUUGGACCAACUGGCCUGUUGGUCCGAUGGACCGGUUGGACCAACUGGCCUGUUGGUCCGAUGGACCGGUUGGACCAACUGGCCUGUUGGUCCGAUGGACCGGUUGGGACCAACUGGCCUGUUGGUCCGAUGGACCGGUUGGACCAACUAGGCCUGUUGGUCCGAUGGACCUUUGGACCAACUGGCCUGUUGGUCCAAAUGGACCGGUUGGACCAACUUGGCCUGUUGGGUUCCAAGUGGACCGUUGGACCAAUCUGGCCUGUUGGUCCGAUGGACCGGUUGGACCAACUGGCCUGUUGGUCCGAUGGACCGGUUGGACCAACUGGCCUGUUGGUCCGAUGGAACCGGUUGGACCAACUGGCCUGUUGGUCCGAUGGACCGGUUGGACCAACUGGCCUGUUGGUCCCGAUGGACCGGUUGGACCAACUGGCCUGUUGGUCCGAUGGACCGGUUGGACCAACUGGCCUGUUGGUCCGAUGGACCGGUUGGACCAACUGGCCUGUUGGUCCGAUGGACCGGUUGGAACCAACUGGCCUGUUGGUCCGAUGGACCGGUUGGACCAACUAGGCCUGUUGGUCCGAUGGACCGGUUGGACCAUACUGGCCUGUUGGUCCGAUGGACCGGUUGGACCAACUGGCCUGUUGGUCCGAUGGACCGGUUGGACCAACUAG